AACAUUAUAAAUAUAUAAUCAUUAACCCUUUCGACAAAUACAUCUAUAAUUCUAUGCUCUAGACAGAAAUCAGAAGUUUCUUGCUAGUACAGACGAGUAUUGGUCAUCCAAAUGGAGAAAGAAGAAUGUUCUUCCGCUGAAGUUGAUAACAGCGCAAAGGAUGAAUUCCAGGAGUUGCUGCAAACACUCGAACGACAGACCAAUUGGGACGGGCAACGUCUUGUCAAGUACGAGGGCUUUUGGUUGCUGGAACUGUUUUUCCGACCGAUACUCUCUGCUCAAAAGUACUUCAAAGCAAAAGGCACAGAUGUAAUACUGUCGACCAUGCCCAAAUCAGGAACCACCUGGUUGAAGGCGCUCACGUUUUCCAUAGCCAACCGCAACGCUAUCCCUAUUGAUCAAAGUCCUCUACUUACUUCUAAUCCUCACAAGGUUGUGCCGUUCUUGGAAUUCGAUCUUUACUGGGGGCAAGAAGAUCUUGAUCCUGAACGAAUUCUCGACCCAAGAAUUUUGUCAACUCACAUGCCACUGGAAAUCCUUCCUGACUCCAUUCGUGAAGCUGGCUGUAGAAUUAUCUAUCUAUGUAGAAACCCUCUGGACGUAUUCAUCUCAAACCGCCUUUUCUUGCUCGAGAACAGGUUUUCAGAAGAUGCAGUCCUGCUUGAACUGGAUGAGGCUUUCGACAGGCUUUGCCAGGGAAUUCAUGACUGCGGGCCCUUCUGGGACCAUAUGCUUGGAUACUGGAAUGCCCACUUGAAGAACCCUGAGAGAGUGUUGUUUAUAAAGUAUGAGGAUCUAAAAGAGGAUAUCUUGUCCAAUAUAAAGAAGAUUGCCGAAUUUAUCGGGUCCCCUUUUUCGCCGGAGGAAGAAAAACAAGGUGUGGUAGAACAAAUCUCCAGGCUAUGUAGCUUUGAAAAUCUUAAAAAUUUGGAGGUGAACAAGAGCGGAAAUAUUCUUGGAUUAGUGAAGAACAGUUCAUUUUUUAGGAAGGGAGAAGUUGGAGAUUGGGUGAAUUAUCUGAGUCCUGAAAUGGUCGAACGCGUCAAGAACAUCAUGGAGAGCAAGUUUCAGGGCUCUGGUUUAAUCAUCAAAAUCUGAAUCAGAAAAUGUCAGCUGCUGAAGAAUAUGAUCUCCACCCUCGAGAUUAAUGCAUUAAUAUUAGUUUUCGAUUACCAGUUUCUGUUCUUACUGAAAUAUUUUAAUUUGUGUGGAUUUCAUUGUCUUUCCAUAUGCCACCUUAAAACAAAAAAUACAAGCAAUCUUCUCUCCUGUGAUUUUU